AUGGUGUGCAAGAGCCGCCCAGAAAUUGACAUCCAAGAGGCUGUUGGCUUAUAUGAGUUCACUGUUGUCCCAAGAUCUUUGUUUGCACGAGAUGGUACCAUGUUGCAUUGUUCUUGCAAGAGUGCCCUUAUGCAUAUCCUAGAGAAGGCAGGUGGCCCUAGUUCUAAUACACAAGAAAUUACCGCAGGAUUCAAAGUCGCGAUUGUUGAUGGAAUGGCCGAAGUCCAAUCACUUGACAAGCCAGAGUGGAUCAAGAACUGUAGAGACUUGGCUGAACAUUUCACGAAUCGCUUGCUUGUAAAGUAUAAUGAUUUACAAGAGCUCCACAUAAUCUUCGACAGAUAUGAUGUAUCAUCCUCACUGAAAUCAGCAACACGAGUCAAACAACAAGGUGCCAUGUUCCCAUUUAUUAUCGCAUCACUGAUUCUACCCACAUCGCCAAGGUGCCGAUGAAGAAGCUUCUUGCUCAUUCAAAGACCAAGGGCGAACUUACUACGUGUCUCGCAAAGAAUGUGAAGGAUAAUGCUAAUGGGAGACAAGUGGUUGUGGCAUAG